AUGUGUCUAGACCGCCAGCUCCUUGUGGCUAGACCACUGGGUCUCAUAGAGCUGCUGCCGUAGCGCGUCGCGGAGGCGCCCCGCAACGUAUAACAACGCUCGACAGCGCCGCGCUGCGGUUUCACAACACAACUACGCAAUCGCCCGCGCCCCCGCCCGGGCAAAAACAAUUGUUGUCCGACAGUGUCAGUGAGGAAGCUUUUUUGACACAGCGCGCGGCUGAAUCAUCAAGCGCCCUUCAUCAAAAAAGCACCGCACGCCAUCGCUGAGCAAGACAAGGAAAAAAAUGGAACAACCAGAUCAGCAGCCGCCAGCACCGCCGCCGCCGCCGGGCGCCCGCCAAAAACGGGGCCCCAGCCGGGCGACGUCGGCACCAUCACAACCGCAAGCGCCCCACCCCGAGACGACGGUGCUGUGGACCGACGCCGGCGCGGCAAGAGCCUCACCCCAACCGACGACGAUAACGAGCCAACAACUACCUCCAACUCUACAAGCAAAAGUAGAGCGCUCCGACACGUUGGCCUCGCAAAAGACGCGGCCCGUCUCGCACAUCGCGGCGGCGGCCGCCUCCCUACCGAAAAGACCUAGAAUAGCCUCCCAAUACGGGUCUGGUUCGGGCGGCGGGCCUCGAAGAGGCAGAACCUUCCCCGUGAGAACGUUAGCCGAGUGCCUCGCCUCCGACAACUUUAGUAUCCUCGAAAAGUGGACUUUGGAACAUGCCUCAAAACCCUACCCAACCUCACAAGAAAAGCAAAAGCUCGCUGAGCGCUGCGGAUUAGAACUUAAUAGUGUACACACGUGGUUCCGGAACAUGCGGAAACGAAAGUUUUUUCAUUUGGAACGAGGCUCGCGGCCCCCCGCCGACGCCUUCGAGACGCAACUCCUCGCGUUCAUGAAAGCGGAAGGACUCAAACCGCCCGAGGUGAAGGUCGUCACGCCGACGGCUCCAGAACCGAAGGAGCCGGCGCCGGUGGUACGCCCUCCAUCGUUGAAGGGGACGCGCUACUCGCCGGCGGACAUCCAUCCGCCCCGACCGCUCGCGCCGGGCGAGCGCCGGGUGGUCGUCGAGCCGGGCGUCGGCGGGUCGUUUGGGGUCUUGCUGGAUCGGGGCGAAGGGUGUGCGAUCGUGGCGGGCUUCGCGUCCGACGAGGUUGCAGAAAAAACAUCCCUGAAGGUGGGCGAGGUCGUCGUCGCGGCCGAUCGUCGUAGGUUGGCGGGCGCGGCGUGGGACGACAUCGUCGCCCGUAUUAGAUGUUGCGGGCGGGCGGGCGAGCCGCUGGAAUUGGUGGUUCGUAAACCGAACCGCGGGCUCGACGCGGUCUUGGACGCGAUCGAGGCCGUGGGGCAUUAA